AUGCAUAAUACGCAGGAACGCUUGCCAUUCAGUACGGUCGAAGCUAUUUUAUUGUCCUUCUUGCGUCAUCCUCCAAUCACCGCCCAUCCGUUAAGUUUUAAAUUCUCGAUUUGUGCGAAAAUGACCCGAACAUUGCUUUCUCUCCUAAAAUUCAAUCGUUUACGAGCAAUUACCACUUCCCGCCAUCCAACUGACCAAGAUGAUAGUCCGUCUACUAAACGAAUUUGGUACAAAAGCCACUUGUCACUUUAUCUUUCUCAAUUUACAGUGCUUCAAUACUAA